ACAGCAACAGUUUGGAUCACUGUGUCUUUAUCUGUGACAUCUAGAAUGAGUCCUAUGAAGAAUAAACAUCUCUUGGUUUUGCAUCAUGUUGUUGCCGUCCUCCUUUUUCUAACACAAACUUGUGGUGGUCAGCAUCAGAUGAUUGGUCCAACUCAGCCAGUAGUGGCCAUGAUUGGUGAUGACAUCAUGUUGCCAUGCCACCUGGAACCUGCUGUGGAUGCUGUUGACCUGACUGUGGAUUGGUCCAGAACUGACCUCAAACCUAGAUCUGUCUAUGUGAGGCGAGAGGGUGUGGAGCUUCUGACUGAGCAGAAUCCUUUGUACACAGGAAGAACAUCACUCUCUGUCAACAAACUGCAGUGUGGAGACGUUUCAUUGAAACUCUCCACAGUGCAACUCUCUGAUGCAGGAACAUACAAAUGCCUUGUACCUAAAUUUAAUGCAGAAACUGUGGUGACGCUUGCUGUGGGUUCAGUUUCCUCACCAGUCAUAGAACUCACCAAUGUCAAAAAUGAAAUGGUGUUAGAGUGUAAAUCUAAUGGCUGGUAUCCAGAGCCUCAGAUGUUGUGGGUGUACAGUGAGGGAAAACCCAUUUCUGUUGAACCUACAAAGAUUGUCAGAGGUUCUGAUGGCCUCUAUGCUGUCAGCAGUAAAGUGACUGUGGAGAAAGGACAGAGCUACAGCUUCACCUGCAAAGUUCAACAGAAGAAUAUCAGUCAAAUCAAAGAGACACACAUUCACGUUUCAGGUGAUCUCUUUAUGGUCCAGUCUAAUACUGCUGUUCACAUUAUCAUCAACUUGGCUGUCUGUUUAAUAAGCGUCGGGACAGUAAUAUUCCUAAUAUGGAAGUGUGGACAAAAUAAAACCAAGAUGUGUUAA